AUGGGAUCUAGAUGUGCUGUUCGUGUGUGCAACCUCCGCUCAGGUACCAGUGACGGCCAAACACACGCGUCAGGACACACCAAACUAGAGAAAGAUACCAAACCACCCAUUCUCCCCUUCCUCCGUCUCCUCGAAUACUCCCUUAUCUGCUCUCCUCCUACGGAAUACUUCUGGCUGUCAUCUUCGCUCCUUAAGGUGUGCGGUGCCUGCUAUCGAGUCGCCCACGAUGACUCCUCACACUCACUCAACGGGGCCGCCUCCCGUACUCCCGAUCAUCCGGAGACUCCCGAAACUACCAGCUGCGCAGUCCAGCCCUCCGAUCCUUCCAUUCUAUGCCGCGCCACCGCAUAA